CCCCGAAAAACUGCGCGUUUAUUUCCAACCGGCCACGCCGUCUACCGGCGCGCUGACGUCAGCGGAGGCUGCGCGCGGUAUAUACGAGAUGCGCACAGGUGGAUCCUCAAUCCUUUCUGUGACUCGAGUGAGACCAGUGAACCGACCAUGCUACGAUUUGUGACACUUUGUGCGGUUGCGGUGGCGCUGUCAUCGGCAGCUCCCAAUCCAGUCUCCAACGUGUUUGAGAUCGACAUCUCGCCCGAAGAGGCGGCGAAGUACCUGAACAGCCCGCCGUUCACAGCGCCCCAACUUUCUGGACGCACUGGCGUUCUCCCUCUGGUAAGAUGGAACGACCCGAGAUUUCGCGCAGCGGAGGCUGGCCCCACUCUAGGCCACUACUGGAAAAAUGGCCGUGAGAUUGAAAAUACCGAUGACUAUGUUGAAGAGGUAUACGACGCGUCUCAAUUCCACGGACAAGACGGUCUCGGCGGCUACGCUUACGGCUACCAGGCCCCUGAAUCCUCGAAGGUAGAGAACCGAGCCAGGUCCGGUGAUGUCACUGGCUCUUACACCUACAAGGAUGGCAACAAUGAACUCAUCAAGGUUCGCUACUGGGCUGACAACGAAGGCUUCCACCAAGAAGACAACCUGCCAAAGGUAGAGCUUAAGCCUGUGGAGGAGGCCCCUGACGUCCGAGAGGCUCGUCUGGCUCACGAGAAGGCCUGGCAGGAGGCCGCCGCUGCUGCCGCCCAGAACCCAGACCCUCAGGGCGCCUACAAUAGCAACUAUGACUACAACCAAGCUGCAUCCGAACAGCAGAACGUAGUCGCCCCCGCCCGCGAAGGCAAGGCUUUCGCACAGGCGCAGAGCAGCUUCCAGUCCAACCAGUACAGCCAGAAGCAACAAUACCAACAGCAGCCGCAGCAAUAUGGGCAACAGCAACAGUAUGGACAGCAGCAACAGUAUGGUCAGCAGCAGCAUGGUCAACAGCAAGAGGAGCCUGAGCCUACUGGCCCGCCACGCGGUUUCUUCUACAGUUUCAACUACCCGGUGUCCAUCAUAGUGCCUAAGAGCGGCCAGCAGCCCGGCGCCCUCAACCCUGGACAGCCCCUAGACCAUGACACCGUUGGCGUCAGUGCCCAUGCCCAUCAAGGCUAAACUUUAGCUUAGUCCCUUUAGCCGCUGUUAUUAAAAUAUUGGUCCGAAAAAUGGUCCCUGAGAUACAUUAGAAAAAAAGCUAUUAAAAAUUCUAAGAGCUAUUUUUUUGCAGUGGAUAAAGGCGACAUAAAAUUUCAUAAGUACAGGAAAUUUUAGUAGUAAUUUUCAAUGUAAAAUCGCACAUUGAGAUGUUACAUUUGAAUAAAUACGUAAGGUCUCUACUCGUAAUUGGUCUGUGAUACUUGAAUAUUUGUCACAUGAACAAGUUAUUUCUGUUUAAGCUAAGCGCUAAGCCAUAUUUUGUGGCUUUGACAAUGUUUCAAACUCAAUCUUUAACAAAGGAUAUCCAACGAUGCUCUACCAUUUCUGGUAUUGGAAUCAUUUUGGAUUGAAAUGCCUUCCGUGAACUGAUUAUAAUCAGUCGAUUUGUAUGUGCGUUGUCCACGUGCGUAUCUUUAAUCGAUAUAAAUCGGUUGUCGUUGCCAUUUUAUGAUUUAGGUUAAUUUAGAAAUUAGUAUGAUAAUAGUCGGCGUUUGAAAGUGUAACUGUGUGCAAUAUAAUGUUUUACAUUCAAGUACUUAUGUUUAGAUUUUUUGGAAAUAGCUUAUUGACAACCCAAAAAGUCUUUUUAGUCACUCAGUAAAUGCGAGCAAAUUGAAUUUAUGUCCUGCAGAUGAGUCAAAUUAGAAAAAAAUAGUAUUUUCUUUUUAAUUUUUGACCAAAAGUUACACUCUUGAACCCGAGCUAGUAUAAGAUUUUAUCUGUUACCAUGUAAUCAGUAAUCCCAUACAAAAUUAAAACAAAAUAUAUUUUGAAAUGUAUCUACAAGUAUCAAAUAAAGUACUUACAUUAAAAAAUAA